AUGGCAAACUAUGAGAUCGCGGACGUGCGGAAUCCAGGACAUGCAGCUACUUUGAAGUUCACUAUCGGUCUCUGUUUAUGCUAUACACUAUGUGUAGCAUGUCUGCGCGGGUUUAUUCGAUGGGGAGCCUAUGGUAUUGAUGAUCUCUUCGUGCUACUAUCGGGGAUAUUCGCGCUUAGUUUCUUCGGCAUCGUCUUUGCGUCCAUAUCUGCGGGACUUGGUCACUCGAUAAAUGACUUGGAUCUCAAUUCUGCUGCUAUCGAAAAAUUCAAUGACUACACGAUAGCUGGCAACGUCCUUUGGAUCAUCUCGCUAUGCGUUUCAAAGGCCGCAAUCGUCGCCAUGCUCUUACGUACGACACAAACUACAUUUCACAGAAGAUCUCAGUACUCUGCUGGUGCUCUGGUAAUUGCUCAGUGUUUAACGUCCAUCCUGCUUCUGACUGUAAAGUGCUCAGCUCAGUACGAGCUGGCAUGGAGCAUAACCGCCGCGAACCCCGAGUGUCCCCAGGCGGAGAGAAGAUGGUAUGCCCUAACGGCUCUGGACGUCAUGACGGAGGCUCUUCUACUAUUUCUCCCCAUUCAACUGGUAUGGAACUUGCAGAUGACUUUCCGAACAAAAUUCAUCGUUGUAUCAGCAUUUUGGCUGCGAUUACCAACCCUCGUGUUCUCUGCUCUUCGCCAGAGGGAGAUACUCAGACUUGCUGCUUCGUCCGACAUCCCGCUUGCAGCUGCGAUGGUGGUCAUCUGGCAGGCCAUAGAACUCUCAUUUUCCCUCGCUGCAGCUACAAUCGCUGCGCUCAAGCGAUUCACGGAAUCUCUCAGCACCGGGUUCGGUCAUGGUGAGCUCAUGCGCAUACACGGGUCGUCUCAAGGAUACAAGUUGUCAGCCCGAAGUGCUACAUCGAGAAGCACGAGGGAAUCACGGAACAAGCUAUCUCGCUCGAAUGCGCUCGACAUCUCUAUCGAUACAGUCUCGUCCCAGGAAGAAUCCAGUCUUGAACAACAUGUGACGCGAAUGAAGCUUAGGCCUGAAGCACUUCAGAACACAGCUGUAGUCUCAUCGCCUUCGAAAAACUUAGCCCUUCCCAGUAGGAAAAGAAACAUGUCAGGAUCAGAGAACAACAUUAUUCGUCAAGUACAGUACUCUGUUCAUUACGACUAG